AACACAAAUCAACUUAAUCCUUCACCCGGUUCAAUAAAAAUCCAUUUUGUCUCUAGCUUUCUAAUGGUUUAGUUGCAAUAAUGGAUUCUUUCCCUUAUGCAAACUCUAUCACUGCUGGUUUAUUCACAAUAAUCAUCGUGUCAUAUUACUUAUCACGAAGAUGGAGAGCUGCCAAUCACAAGGGCAAAUUGUCACCACCUGAAGCCAAGGGUGCAUGGCCUAUAUUGGGUCACCUUCCUUUGUUAGGAGGCUCUACACCUCCUCACAUAACUUUGGGAGCCAUGGCGGACAAGUAUGGACCCCUUUACACUAUCCGCCUUGGCGUCUAUCCGUCAUUGGUGAUAAGCAGCAGCGAGAUCGCAAAAGAAUGCUUCACAACCAAUGACUUGAAAGUAAACUCGCGCCCAAAGAUGGCAGUUGUCGACCACAUUGGCUACAACUACGCCAUGUUUGGGUUCGCACCAUCUGGACCCUAUUGGCGAGAAAUUCGCAAGAUCACCACCUUGGAGUUGCUCUCAAACCGGAGGGUUGAGCUGCUCAAGCACAUUCGAGUCUCGGAAGUAACUACUUUCUUGAAAGAAUUGCACGAAACUUGGAGUACAAGGAAAAAGCAGAGCUCGAAAUCUGGAGUGGUGGUAGAGCUGAAGCAAUGGUUUGGGGACAUGUCGCUGAACGUGAUUGUUAGAAUGGUGGCCGGAAAGAGGUAUUCAGUAGCUGCCGAUGAGGAUGAGAAGAAAGAAGCGCUCAGGGUUCAGAAUGCAUUGAGGGAGUUUUUUCACUUUGUGGGAUUGUUUUUGGUGGGUGAUGCGGUUCCUUAUCUGCGGUGGUUGGAUUUGGGUGGGCAUGAGAAGGCAAUGAAGAAAACUGCAAAGGAAUUGGACGCCAUUGUUGGAGAGUGGGUUGAAGAGCAUAAGCAGAGGAGAGCAAAAGGUGGUGCAAAGGGAGAGCAGGACUUCAUAGAUGCGAUGCUUUCUGUGCUUGAUGGUGCAGACCUUGGCGGUUUUGAUGCUGAUACGAUCAACAAAGCCACAAGCUUGAAUAUGAUUGCAGGAGGUACCGAUACCACCAUGGUGACAUUAACGUGGGCAAUAUCAUUGUUGGUGAACAACCCUCACAUUCUGAAGAGAGCCCUAAACGAACUGGACACGAAAAUAGGCAGACAAAGAGUUGUGAGUGAAGAAGAUAUAAGCAACUUGGUCUACAUCCAAGCUAUUGUAAAGGAGACAUUACGUUUAUACCCAGCAGCACCAUUAUCAGGGCCACGUGAAUUCACUGAGGAUUGCACCAUUGCUGGGUGCCAUAUUCGAAAGGGCACCCGGUUGAUCAUGAACCUCUGGAAGCUCCAAACAGACCCUAAAAAUUGGCCCGAUCCAUUCGAGUUCAAGCCAGAGAGAUUUCUUACCACCCAUAAGGAUGUUGAUGUGAAGGGUCAUCAUUUUGAGUUGAUUCCAUUUGGAAGUGGUAGAAGAGCAUGCCCUGGUUUGGCAUUUGGCCUUCAAAUUGUGCAAUUUACAUUGGCUAGCUUUCUACAUGCGUUUGAAAUCUCGAACCCAUCUAGUGCACCAAUUGAUAUGACGGAGAGUUUUGGGCUGACCAACGUGAAGGCUACUCCACUCAAAGUUCUUAUCAAACCUCGCUUGUCUUUUGAAUUAUAUAAAUAAAAGAAGAAAAUAUAUAAUAUUAUUUGUAUGAAGAAGAGAUUUUCGUUGUUAUUGAUUAUAUACAGAUAUUUGUCCAUCUUUAUGGUCAUAAAAUCAAUAAAGAGCUUAUGAGUAUUUGGGAA